AUGUGUGGUAUAUUAGGCAUAGUGUUAGCUGAUCAAUCCAGUGCAGUGGCGCCUGAACUAUGUGAUGGAUGUAUAUUCUUACAACAUCGUGGACAAGAUGCAGCAGGAAUAGCAACUUGUGGUCAACGUGGACGAAUUUAUCAAUGUAAAGGUAAUGGUAUGGCUAGAGAUGUAUUUACACCACAACGUGUCAUGGGACUUGUUGGAUCUAUGGGUAUUGCUCAUUUAAGAUACCCAACUGCUGGAUCUUCCGCAAAUAGCGAGGCUCAACCGUUUUAUGUGAAUAGUCCUUAUGGUAUUAAUUUGGCUCAUAAUGGGAAUUUGGUCAAUACAGUUUCUUUGAGUAGAUAUAUGGAUGAAGAUGUUCAUAGACAUAUUAAUACUGAUAGUGAUAGUGAAUUAUUAUUAAACAUAUUUGCUGCUGAAUUAGAGAAACAUAAUAAGUAUAGAGUUAAUAAUGAAGAUAUUUUCCAUGCAUUAGAAGGUGUUUAUAGAUUAUGUCGUGGUGGAUAUGCAUGUGUUGGUAUGUUAGCAGGGUUUGCCUUAAUCGGGUUUCGUGAUCCCAAUGGUAUUAGACCAUUAUUAUUUGGUGAACGUGUUAAUAAGGAUGGUUCUAAGGAUUAUAUGUUAGCAUCUGAAAGUGUUGUACUUAAGGCUCAUAAUUUUUUAAAAUUCCGUGAUUUAAAUCCAGGUGAAGCUGUUAUUAUUCCAAAGGAUUGUAAUGGAGAAGAUAAAUGUCCCGAAUUUAGACAAGUGGUACCAAUCAAUUCAUAUAGACCAGAUGUAUUUGAAUAUGUUUAUUUUGCAAGGCCAGAUAGUGUACUUGAUGGGAUAUCAGUUUAUCGUACGAGGUUAGCCAUGGGUGUUAAACUAGCAGAGAAUAUUAAGAGACAAUUAUCAUUAGAUGAAAUAGAUGUUGUUAUACCAGUGCCGGAUACUGCAAGGACAUGUGCGUUACAAUGUGCCAAUACAUUGGGUAAAGAAUAUAGAGAAGGGUUUGUUAAGAAUCGAUAUGUGGGUAGAACGUUUAUUAUGCCCAAUCAAAGAGAACGUAUAUCAUCUGUGCGAAGGAAAUUGAAUCCCAUGGAAUCAGAAUUUAAAGAUAAAAAAGUUUUAAUUGUGGAUGAUUCUAUUGUUAGGGGGACAACAUCACGCGAGAUUGUUAAUAUGGCAAAGGAAUCUGGUGCCACUAAAGUAUAUUUUGCUUCUGCUGCACCAGCUAUUCGUUAUAACCAUAUUUAUGGUAUUGAUUUGACAGAUACUAAGAAUUUAAUUGCAUAUGAUAGAACCGAGGAUGAAAUAGCUAAAGAAAUUGGAUGUGACAAAGUGAUUUAUCAAUCUUUGGAAGAUUUAAUUGAUUGUUGUAAGACGGAUGCUAUUGACAAAUUUGAAGUUGGUGUAUUUACAGGUAGUUAUGUUACAGGGGUUGAAGAUGGAUAUUUGCAUGAAUUAGAAAGAGUACGAGCAUUGAAUGCUGCAGCAGCAGCAACAGCACAGCAAUCUGACUUAAAGGCAGAAGUCGAUAUUGGCCUUUAUAAUUGUGCUGAUUACUGA